AUGCCGGACCCCGCUUGGUGGAAAAGUUUAGAGUUGAUCACUGGUUACACAUACAUUGCAGCCUUGAACUUCCACGGGCUAGUCAAUGAGACGUUGCCGCCUAGUAUCGCGCGCGAGUUGAGAAGAGUGUACUUUUCAGCGAUAUCGUGGAUCGAUUCGUUAGUUAGCGUCGUUUUAAAUGAACUGGAACGCUUAGGGCUUUCCAAUGACACUGUUGUUUCUCUUCUCGGCGAUCACGGAUACCACCUCGGGGAGCACGGCAUUUGGACGAAGCAUACAAAUUUCGAGGUAGCCACGCAUGCGCCGAUGAUGGUUCGGAUACCCGGCCUCACCGACAACGGAAUCAUAACGGAUCGCCUAGUGGAAUUUGUGGACUUGUUUCCAACGCUUGUGGGCGCGGUCGGUUUACCGCCGGUUCCCGUCUGCCCCGAGAAUUCACAAAACAUGCUCACUUGUACGGAAGGUGUGAGCUUUAUGCCGCUGUUUCAUAACGCAACAAUUACGUGGAAACCCACUGUGUUUUCGCAGUACCCGCGCACAAUGCAACACGUACCCAUCAUGGGAUACUCACUGCGUUCGGAUCGUUACCGGUAUACGGAGUGGGUCGCAUUCUCGUAUCGGACCCACAAGCCAGAUUGGACCAGAAAUUACGGCACGGAACUGUAUGACCACCAAACGGACCCCGACGAGAACUACAACAUGGCGUCCGACCAAGCGUUUGCAGACCUGGUGAGAAGCCUGUCCACGCGUCUGCACGCAAGCUGGCGUCAAGCAAGUCCGUCCACGCAAGCCAGUCCGUCCAUCAAUAACCCAAGUAUAGUUGGGUGA